CCUCCACCCCUCGGCCCCCACUCCCUCCGCCGUCCUAUUAAAACACCCACCAGCUCACUUGUUAAGACCCCCGUAAGUUGGAGGAGGCAGCAAGGCAACAACAGCGGGGAAGGAGAAGUCAAGACGUCUGGAAAGAAUUACCCCGUCCUGGCUUCGAGCAGCCCCAUUGAGCCAGGGACCCAAACCAGCCCCAGCCAGACUCCUCUCCCGAUUCUACGCUUCCUCGCUUCUGCGGAGCCUGCACCCGGCUUUUUUUUUUUUUUAAUACAAAAAAAAAAAAAAGGAAACUUUCAGUUAUCAGAGGGAAAGAGACUGGAGUAACAACAAAAAGUUAAUUUAUUUUUUUUUUAAAGUAGAGGUCAUUUUCUUUUUAAGAAUUAGAAGACUGAAGUGCAACGGAGAUAAUAAAGAAAAAUAUUAGUGAAAUUUCCUUUUCACAGCGGGGGAGAACCAAACCUUUAAGUCUUCCCCCAUCCUUUUUUAAAUGUUGUUUUUAACUUUCUUAUUUUUUUUGGCCGGGCGUCUCAAAUUCAUCUGACCUCUUAUUACCUCAAUUUUGGAAACUGCCUGCCACCGACCCUCCGGGACCACACAGACAGGCUGAGGCCGAAUUUAUGACCGAGAGCUGAACAAGAUGCAUUGUGAGAGGUUUAUAUGUAUCCUGAGAAUAAUUGGAACCACACUGUUUGGAGUCUCUCUCCUUCUGGGAAUCACAGCUGCUUAUAUUGUUGGAUACCAGUUUAUCCAAACGGAUAAUUACUAUUUCUCUUUUGGACUGUAUGGUGCCUUUUUAGCAUCACACCUCAUCAUCCAAAGCCUGUUUGCCUUUUUGGAGCACCGAAAAAUGAAAAAAUCCCUAGAAACCCCCAUUAAGUUGAACAAAACAGUUGCUCUUUGCAUCGCUGCCUAUCAAGAAGACCCAGACUACUUAAGGAAAUGUUUACAAUCUGUGAAAAGGCUGACCUACCCUGGGAUUAAAGUUGUCAUGGUCAUUGAUGGGAACUCAGAAGAUGAUGUUUACAUGAUGGACAUCUUCAGUGAAGUCAUGGGCAGGGAAACAUCAGCCACUUACAUCUGGAAGAACAACUUUCAUGAAAAGGGGCCAGGGGAGACUGAUGAGUCACAUAAAGAGAGCUCACAACAUGUAACCCAACUGGUCUUGUCCAACAAAAGUGUUUGCAUCAUGCAGAAAUGGGGUGGAAAGAGGGAAGUCAUGUACACAGCCUUCAGAGCACUGGGACGAAGCGUGGAUUAUGUACAGGUUUGUGAUUCAGAUACCAUGCUUGAUCCUGCUUCAUCUGUGGAGAUGGUGAAAGUUUUAGAGGAAGAUCCCAUGGUUGGAGGUGUAGGGGGAGAUGUUCAGAUUUUAAACAAGUACGAUUCCUGGAUCUCCUUCCUCAGCAGUGUGAGAUACUGGAUGGCUUUUAAUAUAGAAAGGGCCUGCCAGUCUUAUUUUGGGUGUGUCCAGUGCAUUAGUGGACCUCUGGGGAUGUACAGGAACUCCUUGCUGCAUGAGUUUGUGGAAGACUGGUACAAUCAGGAAUUUAUGGGCAACCAGUGUAGUUUUGGUGAUGAUAGGCAUCUGACAAACCGAGUGCUGAGUCUGGGCUAUGCAACAAAGUACACAGCUCGAUCCAAGUGCCUUACUGAAACCCCUAUCGAGUAUCUCCGGUGGUUAAACCAGCAGACCCGUUGGAGCAAGUCCUACUUCCGAGAGUGGCUGUACAAUGCAAUGUGGUUUCAUAAACAUCACUUGUGGAUGACCUACGAAGCGGUUAUCACUGGAUUCUUCCCCUUCUUUCUCAUUGCCACAGUAAUCCAGCUCUUCUACCGGGGUAAAAUCUGGAACAUCCUCCUCUUCUUGUUAACUGUCCAGCUAGUAGGUCUCAUAAAAUCAUCUUUUGCCAGUUGCCUUAGAGGAAAUAUCGUCAUGGUCUUUAUGUCUCUCUACUCAGUGUUGUACAUGUCAAGUUUACUUCCGGCCAAGAUGUUUGCAAUUGCAACGAUAAACAAAGCUGGGUGGGGCACUUCUGGAAGGAAAACCAUUGUUGUUAAUUUCAUAGGACUCAUUCCAGUAUCAGUUUGGUUUACAAUUCUGCUGGGUGGUGUCAUUUUCACCAUUUAUAAGGAAUCUAAAAAGCCAUUUUCAGAAUCCAAACAGACAGUUCUAAUUGUUGGAACGUUGCUCUAUGCAUGCUACUGGGUCAUGCUUUUGACGCUGUAUGUGGUCCUCAUCAAUAAGUGUGGCCGGCGGAAGAAGGGACAACAGUAUGACAUGGUGCUUGAUGUAUGAUAUAACAUUGAUUGGCGUUUGCAGUCACAUUUGCAGACACACACAACACCUUAGUUCCUCGAGGGGCUGUACAGUAUUGUGGCAUCAGAUAAUGCCACCACAGGAGACAUAUCACUGCUGCUGGGACUUGAACAAAGACAUUUCUAUGGGUUUAUUUUGAUUCUGCCAAAGUAAAACAAUACAUCAACAAGAAGAAACUCAGAUUUAAUCUGUUAUUUCUAUGAAAAUGGGAGGAAUUCUUUGUUUAUGCACUUUUUCCCUACUGUGCAUCCGCCUGACAGUAUUUUGCCCUAAAUACCUCACUAGCCAUGCUUUAUGUGGGUUAUCAUGGAAGAAAAGGAUUUUGGAAACUCAAGGAAAAGUUCUUUCAACCUAUACAGCCUAACUUAUGAACGGUUAUGAUAGCUAGUUUUUAAGGAGGGAUUUUUCUCUUUAACUCUACCAAAUGAAAUGCCAAAGGAAAUUAUAAAGGCCGUUGGCUGUGCUGUAUUUUGAUAUAAUUGUACUGUGUUUUAAAAUUUUGUAUGUCAAUUUUUAAAACAAAUUUUGCAUACUCUAUAUUUUACUUCUCUGCGAAAAUACACCUGUUCUUCCUUUUUUUAAAUAAAAAAGAUUCUGAAAAAAAUCAUACUUAAAAAUCCUGCCCAAAAUGUGAAGCUUGGUUGACUGAUUUUCAUAAUAGAAAGAAUAAAUUGUUUCUCUCUCUCUCUACCUUUUAAAAUGGAAUAGUUUAUUUCUGUGAAAAAAUAUUUAAACUUUCAGUAUUUUAAGUUUUAAUUUUCAUUUCUUUUUGAAAAGGCCAAUGUACCUGUCAUGAUUUGGGACUAAAAAUACAUACUUAUGUAUGUGCAAAAGGAAAAUCAAGGCCAAAGUGGUAGAAAAGUGCAAUUUUUUCAUAAGUUGGAAAAAAGAGAAUGCUAGUCCUGAAAAGAAAACACUGGGCACCCAGCACUGGAAAAAACAUGGAUGAUCUUUGGAGAUUCUGGUAGUGUUUUCCCAGACCAAGUAAAGUGGGAAAUAGAAAAAUUAUCUGUAUAAUUCGGACAAAUACAGUGCAGCUCAUCUUAAGUUUUGUUCUGUGGCAUGAAUUCACUGAAGCCCAUUUAUCUCUAUGUUGAACACAUUUCACCUGUUUUCACCUGUCAUUUUGUUUAGCUUGAUAAUUUACUUUACAUAUUAAUAUGUUGUUUACAUGGGUGAGUUGGAUAAAUUAUAAUAAAGAUGAAGAGUCAAAAUUGACAGUUUUAAGCUCUAAGUGUUCUCCUUUACUUUCUAGGGAUUUUUUAAAAUCCUGAAUUAUACAGAUAAUUGCUUUAUCUCUCUUAUUCUUGGCCUCCACAAAGAUGUCUACACAGUGGAAAUGAUUUCAAGGUUAAGUAAGUAUGUCAAGAAUUGGCACAUAGAAAACUGGAUGAACCAGGUGCUCUGAACCUUACUUACUAUGGGACCUCAAUUAUCCAAUUUGACUUUGUAAACAUUCAAUCUUGCCUUAUAGCUGGUGCUGUGUAGACCUGUGUUACAAAGCAUUAUCAGAACGCAUGAAUAAUUUCAAAGCCUUGUUCUGAAGCAGAGACGUGUAGAGAAAUGUUAAAAUGUGGGCUUCCUGCCCUUCUGCUUCCUUUCCAUGUAGACAUCUAUGUUAUAUCUAUCCUGCCUAAGAAAAAGCUGCACAUUCUACCUUCAGAUUACAAAAGGUACAUAAGAUUCUUAAACUCAGACUCUCACAGAACAGAGAGCUUGUGGGAAACAAACAUACCAUGCCAAUAAAUGAGACUAAAACUUGACUUUGACUUUUUAACUAUUUAUGUUCUAAGUUAAGCUUUGAUAACAUUCAAGUGUCAAAUUCUCUCAUUCUUAUAAAAAGUUGAAUUAAUUGCCUGUAUUUAUUUUAGCAAU